GCCGAUAGCACAGGGCACUGCUAUCUAUAAAAGGAGGACGCGGUGGAUAAACGCUCGUCAGUAGUACCGUGCACGCAAUAUCUGGAAAACGAAGCAGUUGAGGAUGAAUCCGCAUUUAAUUAUCCUGCUGAGCCUGGCGGCAGUAAUAUCGGCGGCAAAUGAGCCGAUAGCCAUCGUCAGGCAGGAGCAGGACAUCAGCCCGGACGGUAGCUACUUCCUGAGAUGGGAGAGCGCCAACGGGAUUACUUUCGAGGAGCAGGGUGUCCAGAAGAAUUCUGGCCAGAAGGACAAGGAGGCUGAGGAGGUACGCGGCUCGGCGUCGUGGACCGCGCCCGACGGGCAGAAAAUUAAUCUCGGCUGGCUGGCAGAUGAGAAUGGCGCCGUUUUCCAAGGGGCGCAUCUGCCGACCCCGCCGCCCCCGCCGGAAAUUCCGCCCGCGAUUCAGCGUGCCCUCGACUGGAUAGCCGCUCACCCUUCCCAGGAGGAUAGAAACAAAGUGUAACUGAUGCACCUCUUGCUACAGACACGUUGAAAGAUCAUGUACUGCGUAUGCUUAGCUUGACAUCGAAUGUAAAAAGACAAGUUCGUAUAAAAAUUUCGUAUACCGAA